AUGUCUUUUAAAUUUGACCCAGCUCUUUUAGAAAGAAGAGCCGUCAAAGUAGUAGAAGUUGAUACAAGAUAUAGAGCACCCGAAAAUCUUUUAGCAGCAGCAUCAAGAAAAAAAACCCAUUCAGUUUUAGAGGAUAAACCUAAAGUUCCUAAACCUAGAGCUGAGGGUAGUGGCGAAAGAAAACCAAGAUCUUCAUCUAGCGAUAACAAAACAAGUUAUAAAAGUAGUGGUACUACAGAUAAAGUAAAUAUUAUUAAAAAUCCAUAUAUACCGAUUGAUGACGAUGACGAGGAGGAUGAAAAAGAAAAAAAGAGAAGAUUUAUAAAACCUACAACUACAACCACAACCGCAGUAACAUCAACAUCUAGCAAACCAAAUAUAACAGGCGAUUUAUUUAGAACAAAUACUCCAACUAAACCAACAAGUAAUUCAAAUCCUCCAAAAGCAACUACAACAUCAGCAUCAACUUCAUCAUCAGCCUCAUCAAGUUUAAAUAAAAACAAAACAACAACUACAGGCUCUUCAUCAUCAGCCAAAUCGACACCACGUGCAGCACCUAAACCAGUGGAAAAGAAACCACCACUUUCCGGAUCAAUGUAUCCAACGCAAGCAACACCAAAUAAAAAUAUAACUUUACAAACACCAGGAUCCGGUAUUAUGAAUAUGGGUAACAGUGGAAAUACAUAUAUAAGAAAAGAAUCAUAUUUAGAUAAAUACGGCGCAUCAUCAGACACAUCAUCAGAUUCAAAGAAUAUCUUAGGUACAACCCUACCAAACGCAAAACUAACAGCUCCCACCAAAAAAACAGGCCCAACUAUAGUGGAUACUAAACUACCCACAGCAACUGGUGGACUUAAAUACUCAUCAAACCACCCUUUAAAUAAUGGUAAACAGAUAACCUCCUCAUCGAAUAAACUACCAGCUUCAAAUAAAAGAAAGAACUAUUCAGACGAUGAAUCAGACGAAGAUUUAUUUGCAGAUGGUUAU